AUGCAGGGCAAGUUCAAGUUGCAGCUCUAUCGACGCGAGAAGGAAACGAGACUCUCAAGGAAGGAGCCGUUAUCGACCACAUUCGAAGUCUUCGACAACGUUGGUCAGUCUCUGCUCGCAAGCACCCGUUUGAGUCAAAGGGAGUGUAAUCAUUGGAACAUGGGGAGGAACCUGGGAGCUCUGCAGAUGUCAAGAGAGUGUAAGGGAUAUUCAAGUGUCAUCGGUAUCAAUCGACCUGAUAUUGCUUGA